AUGAACUCGACCGGAAUGUAAUUACUUACACAGUGUUUUCAUGAAAUCUUUGACAUGGUCAAGGGAUUCUCAUGGCCUCUUUGACUAUGAGUCACGAAAUAUCCUCAAAAGAAAUUUAAAAGCUUACGGGCCAUGCGAAGUUUUAAGAAAAGGCAACGAAGUGACCCUUUGUACCUCAAUGAACGGAGUCUCACAGCACACGGCUGAGUCCUUGCCUCUUGCAUCAUUAUUUCAGACUGAAACAGGUUUAUUUUACAUAAAACCAGUAGAAAAUGAACAGCUUUGGCUUGUGGUGAGAUCUUACAAACAACCGGGCUUAGAAAAUGGUUACCAGCUUUCAGAAGGCGACGUGGUCAAAUUUGGCCGAGUCAGAUUUAGAGUAAGAUCUGUCAAGACAAGCCCUUCUGCAGAGCCUGAGGGAAUAGAUGAAGAAGCCUUGAUAAUAGACUCCAGCUUAGAAAGCGAAAAUAAAACAUGUAGAAUUUGCCUUUCAGAUGGAAGUGAGCAUGACAACCCUAUGAUUUCUCCUUGUAAAUGCUCAGGAUCUGUCAAGUAUAUUCACUUACUGUGUCUUGUGAGGUGGAUAACGUCCAGGCUGGCAAUAAAAGCUGACGAUAAUUUGCAUUCUUAUUAUUGGAAAUCCGUGGACUGUGAAAUAUGUAAACAUGCAUUUCCAAUGACGAUAAAUUAUCAAGGGAGGAUAAAUGAGCUGUUUCCAAUAGAAAAACCGGCAGCGCCUUAUUUAAUUUUAGAAGAAAUUAGUAAGGAAAGAAGCAGCAAGUCUAUACAUGUGAUUCAUUUAAGAAGCAAAGAUACGGUAAGACUUGGGAGAGGACACGAGAGUGAAGUUAUACGAAUUAAAUUAAUUUUUGGAAAAAAAAAUAAAAAAAUAUUUAUAUUUAUGAUAUAAAAAAAGGAAAAAACAGAAGAAAAAGGGUAGAAUUUCUGAUAUAUCAGUAUCAAGAUGCCAUGCAAUUAUUUCAUAUAGAAAUGGAUCUUUUUACUUACUCCCCCCCCCUUUAAAUUGAAACAAAAAUUUUGUUUUCAAUUUAAAGGGGGGUCAAGAAAAUUUUUUUAUAAAAAAAUUUAUAUAUAAAAAUUUUUUCAGAGAUAAAAUUUUAUAGAAAAUAAAUUAUAUAAAUUUAAAGAAUUUCAUGAAAAAUUAAUUCAUAAAUUUCUCAAUCUCAAAGUGUAAACUUGCUGAAAUGGUAUUCUUCUAACUCUCCCCAUAACAAUUGGACAAAAUAGAGUUUAAUUUCUAAAUCUUAUAUGUUUGAAGCAUAUUAAAUAGGGUAUUAACGUGUUUACAUAUAAAAUAAUGAUUUUUACCUAUAAAAUUUUGUUUCAAUUUAAAGGGGGGUAAUUUCCCAAAAAAGUAGGAAUUUUACCCUAUAUUUUGUUUCAAUUUAAAGGGGGGGAGGAGUUAGAAGACAAUAAAUCUAAAUUUGGGACUCUUAUAGAAGUAUCCGAAGGGUACGCGUUGGACGCAAACUCACAAAUUGCUAUGCAGGUGGGGAGGACAGUUAUUUCAUUUUCCAUCAAAGGUGAAGGGCAGAACCAUACUAGCGAGUUGGAGUCUUUAAACAUGUCUCUUGAUGAAACUGUUGCCGAUCCCGAUUUUGAAGAAGAUUAA